CUAUUUUCAUUUCCUCAUGGGGAAAUGAAAGAAGAGCAUAGCAGAGAAGAAAGGCUAGACACAAGCACUGAACCUCUGCCACUAUGGGGAACUGGGCUGUGAAUGAGGGUCUCUCCAUCUUUGUCAUUCUGGUAUGGCUGGGCAUGAACGUCUUCCUCUUUGUCUGGUAUUACCGGGUUUAUGAUAUUCCACCUAAGUUCUUUUACACUCGAAAACUUCUUGGGUCAGCACUGGCCUUGGCCAGGGCCCCUGCGGCCUGCCUGAAUUUCAACUGCAUGCUGAUCUUGUUACCAGUCUGUCGAAAUCUGCUCUCCUUCCUCAGGGGUUCCAGUGAGUUUUGCUCAACAAGAAUUCGAAGACAACUGGACAGGAACCUCACCUUUCAUAAAAUGGUGGCAUGGAUGAUUGCACUUCACACUGCGAUUCACACCAUUGCACAUCUGUUUAAUGUGGAGUGGUGUGUGAAUGCCCGAGUCAACAAUUCUGAUCCUUACUCAAUAGCACUGUCUGACAUUGGAGAUAAGCCUGGUGAAACUUACCUCAAUUUUGCUCGAGAGAGAAUCAAGAAUCCUGAAGGAGGCCUGUAUGUGGCUGUGACUCGGUUGGCAGGCAUCACUGGAAUUGUCAUCACACUGUGCCUCAUAUUAAUUAUCACCUCUUCCACCAAAACCAUCCGGAGGUCUUACUUUGAAGUGUUUUGGUACACACACCAUCUAUUUGUGAUCUUCUUCAUUGGCCUCGCCAUCCAUGGAGCUGAGCGAAUUGUACGUGGGCAGACUGCAGAGAGUUUGAAGAAGCACAAUAUAACAAAAUGUUUUCGAAACAUCUCAGAUUGGGGAAAAUCAAAGGACUGCCCAGUCCCUCAGUUCUAUGGCAACCCUCCUAUGACUUGGAAAUGGAUAGUGGGUCCCAUGUUCCUGUACCUCUGUGAAAGGCUUGUACGAUUUUGGCGAUCUCAGCAGAAGGUGGUCAUCACCAAGGUGGUGACUCAUCCUUUCAAAACCAUCGAGCUACAGAUGAAGAAGAAGGGAUUCAAGAUGGAGGUGGGACAAUAUAUUUUUGUCAAGUGUCCCAAGGUGUCCAAGCUGGAAUGGCACCCUUUCACACUGACCUCUGCCCCUGAGGAAGACUUUUUUAGCAUCCAUAUCCGCAUUGUUGGGGACUGGACAGAGGGACUGUUCAAUGCUUGUGGCUGUGAUAAGCAGGAGUUUCAAGAUGCCUGGAAAUUACCUAAGAUAGCUGUUGACGGGCCCUUUGGCACAGCCAGCGAAGAUGUGUUCAGCUAUGAGGUGGUGAUGUUAGUGGGAGCAGGGAUUGGGGUCACACCCUUUGCAUCCAUUCUCAAGUCAGUCUGGUACAAAUAUUGCAAUAAUGCCACCAAUCUGAAGCUCAAAAAGAUCUACUUCUACUGGCUGUGCCGGGACACCCAUGCCUUUGAGUGGUUUGCAGACUUGCUCCAGCUGUUGGAGACCCAGAUGCAGGAGAGGAACAAUGCUGGCUUCCUCAGCUAUAACAUCUACCUCACUGGCUGGGAUGAGUCACAGGCCAAUCACUUUGCUGUGCACCAUGAUGAAGAGAAAGAUGUCAUCACAGGCUUGAAACAAAAGACUUUGUAUGGACGGCCCAACUGGGAUAAUGAGUUCAAGACAAUUGCGAGUCAACACCCAAAUACCAGAAUAGGAGUUUUCCUCUGUGGACCUGAAGCCUUGGCUGAAACCCUCAGUAAACAAAGCAUCUCCAACUCUGAGUCUGGCCCUCGGGGAGUGCAUUUCAUUUUCAAUAAGGAAAACUUCUAAUUGGUUUCUUUCAUGAGAAAAUAAAUGUGGGUUAUACUGUUGAAUGUCCAAAUAGUGCUAGCUGGUUAUGUAAGUUCCCCCUUAAAAAAAUGGAGAAAAAGAAAUUCUAAUGUGAAAGUUUUCCCUGAAAGGAAUGUCAAAUUGUUUGAUUGUAAUAAUUUGCAUUUGAAUGGGGCUUUCUAGUUUUAAGACCACUUUUACAAACAUUAUUUUUUUCUGUCACUCAUGCCAGAGAAAGGUAGGGCAAUGAUUCCUGGAGUUAGUUUUUAGGAUAAAAAACAAAUGGGGACUCAAAUGAUGAAGUAACUUCCCGAAGGUUAUGAAGCUGAGAUGCAUCUGACUCCAGAUUUGGUAUUCUUCCCACAAUACCAGUCUACCUGGAAAUGGGUUUGUAUAUUUCCCAAAAGGAGAAGCAAACCAGAAAGUAGCUAUUCAUUUUCCAUUUUGUAUCAUCUUUGUUCUCAUUAUUGUCAUAUGGAAGGAAAUAUUAUGUGCUGACACAUUUAACAUGAAUGUGUCAGUGUUAGAUUUUUAACAUUAACAUUAAAAAUUUAACAUUAACAGGAUUGACAGGACUGACAACAUUAACAGGAUUGACAUUUGUUCAUACUUCAGUUUACCAAUAGAUCAUAUUAAUUGUGUCAGAUAUUCUUCUUACAAAAGAAUAUUAGAGUAACUGAAAUUGAUGUAUUACCCAACAUAUACAAUCAUGCUUGGCGCAGAGUAGAUAUUCAAUGAAAAUCUGUUGAAUGAAUGAAUGAAAAGACAUUUAGAACCAUAUAAUGACAGGGUAGAAUUAAUUUAAAGCCUUAAACAGAAUUCUCUAAGGAAAUAACUUCUGUUACUCUUAUAGGCCAAAGGAACAUGAUGCUCCUGAAGGUAGGGAACAGGCUAAGGAUAAUAACCAAUAGGGUGUCCUGGAGGUUCCCUCACAUUCAUAUUUGAAGCAUGGAGAGAAGGUAGAUGGAGGCAGAGAACGGACCUUCUACUGUAACUCAGGCUGGCUUCUCUAUUCUCUAGUCUUGCUGUCUGUGUUAUGAAAGAAAUGCAUACUUGAAAGGAUCUCCCCCAAUCAUCACUUGUGAAUUUAAAAUUAAGUAUUGUGAUAAAUAUGUAUCUGAAUGUCCAUCUGCUUUAAAUAGCAUCACCCCUUGCUUUACUUAAAUACUCACAUACAAAAAAUGGUUCUUAUUGUGUGACUAAUGAUUUAUUGUUUUAUCAUCAUCACCAUGAAAUUUAUAUCCUAGAAACUAAAAUACCCAGUUUAUUGUGUAGGUAUUGAAUUCACACUCAAUAGAAUGUUCUCCAUAUCUAUGUGUUCAAAAGAGAGUCUCUAAAUCAUUGUUAAUAUGUCCAGAAACAUUUUUCUUUUUCUUACAACUGCUCUUAUAGCUGUUAACUAAAAAGUUUUCUUGGCCCAACCCUCUGGAGCCACAGAUAUUUAGAAUUAUUCAACUUCAGUAAGGAGGAAGAAAGAGAAGUAAGCAGGGGGAAGGGCAGAAGACAAGGUAUGGAAUAAAUGGGCAGGAAGGAGGAAAGAGAAUAGAAGAAUGAGAGAAAGCUAAAAAGGUAAAAGGUUAGGGUAGGGGAAAGGGACCUCACAUUGCUCAGUUUCUACCCCAGACUUAAAGUCUUCUAUGUACUGAAUGUAAGUGAAGGAAGCAUGCACAUAUUCAUUUUAUUUUGAUUACAUAUGAUAUUGAAUAUGAAAUUCUUAUUACAAAUUUUGAUGUGAGUGAGUAUAUUCAGGGUACUGGGAUGAACUAGUAAGAACUCAGAUUUUCUUUUGGGUUCUCAGGAUGACCAGGACACUAACAAGUCAGGUCUGCUGCUGGUAUGUCAUCUUCCCAAAAUGUCCCAGGAAAGUUUCCACAUAGAGAAAUGUAGGUCCAGCCUGCUCACACUGCAUGCCAAGUAUCAGUUCAUUCAUUUAACAAAUUUUUAUUGUGCUAUUACAAUGACUCUGGCUCUAUCUUCCUGUUUUCAAUUCUUGAUACCAAGUGUGAGGAAAGGGGGAACCACACUUAUAUGGAGUCUGGGACUCUUGGCUACCACUAAUCUAUUUUGACAUAAAUAAAACCAACUCCAUUUGUUGCUCUGAAAAUGUUUUUCCCUUUGGCACUAUAAAGGGUUUUCUCCCUUUGGCACCAACAUGGUUACCAAAAUCGAGAAAUCUGUCCUGUGUUAUGCUGGUUAUGAGAUUUUUAAAGAUGAGUAUAAAAGUGUUUGUCAUUUUGAGAGCUUUCUUCUUCAUGCUUCUUCCAAGCCACCAGUGCAUCUUUUUUUUUUUUUUUUAAUAUUUAGUAUUUAGCAUUUAGUAACAAUUACUGAGAGAAUGACUAAGCAGUGUUUUAAUCUCAACAUUCUAAAGGCUUUUCUUAGUUCUUUCGUUUUUGCAAUAUUGCUUUUAUGAAAUUUGGAUGCUUGUAGGUAUGGUAUGUGAUUAUCCUGGGGGUCCCUGGGAGAUAAUUCUUAGGAAGAACUAUUAAAACUGUACUCGAUAUUAAAAUUAAUGAACUCUU